AUUGCCGGUGGCGAGAUAGGAUUUCUUCAACUGGUCGGUCCACUCUCCCUGGGUUUACGUACCUCAAAUGCAUGGCCACAUUCUAUCAAUACGUUUGUGAAUGUAAACAUAGUUUUUCCCGGAUUAUUGUAAAUCAUAUGUAAUGUAGCCUACGUGCCAUUGUUUCAUUGUUGAAGAAGCGAUUGAGAAAAGGUUGAAUUUCUUCCUGCGCACCCCAUCUUCUACCAAACCUACAAAGUGUGGAGAGGCACUUCUAGGUGCUACUGUGAAGAGGAGGUUGUCAUGCUAACAAGGCACAUUCCAGAAUCAAGGCUGGACUGAGGAGCAACAUCUUGUUAAGCACAUGAAAGCACGGCAGGAAGUGGAAAGAAGACAGUGGAUCAUUACCAGAUCUUUACACCCAUUCACAGCCGCUCUCCCACUGUGAAAGUGCUGUUCUGCUGUGGGAAAGUACCAAUGAACACUUCUGGUUGAUGACACUCUCACAGACACUCUCAAGGUAAUUGGCUCCUGGACGACUGGCUCAACUCGGAAAGCUGACAGACAGCAUGGCAAGCAGGUUUUCCAUCUCCGCUCUUCUGGGCCGCCUGUGUUUGGCAAGGCUGCUGCUUGUCCUGUUAGGGCUGUGCUCAGUAUGCAGGGCAGAGUGUCCCCAGCUUUGCGUGUGUGAGAUCCGGCCCUGGUUCACUCCUCAGUCCACCUACAGGGAGGCCACCACCGUGGACUGCAAUGACCUGCGUCUCACCCGCAUCCCCAGCAACCUGUCGAGCGACACCCAGGUGCUCCUGCUGCAGAGCAACUACAUCGCCCACACCGCGAAUGAGCUGGAGCAGCUCUUCAACCUGACCGAGCUGGACCUGUCCCAGAACAACUUCAGCAGCAUCCGGGACGUGGGGCUCGUCAACAUGUCCCAGCUGACCACGCUGCACCUGGAGGAGAAUCAGAUCUCAGAGAUGCCUGACUAUUGCCUGCAAGACCUUUCCAACUUGCAGGAGCUCUACAUCAACCACAACCAGAUCAGUUCCAUAUCAGCUAAUGCCUUCUCCGGUUUGCGAAAUCUGCUGCGGCUCCACCUCAACUCCAACAGGCUGAAGAUCAUUGACAGCCGCUGGUUUGAGUCUACCCCCAACCUUGAGAUCCUCAUGAUUGGAGAAAACCCAGUUAUUGGUAUUCUGGACUUAAAUUUUAAGCCUCUUGUUAACCUCAGGAGCCUCGUAUUGGCUGGAAUGGACUUGACGGAUGUUCCUGGGAAUGCGCUUGUGGGACUUGAUAACUUGGAAAGCCUCUCAUUCUAUGACAACAAGUUGGUCAGAGUCCCACACCUUGCCUUGCAGAAAGUUCCCAAUUUAAAAUUCUUGGAUCUGAACAAAAACCCUGUGCACAAAAUCCAGGAGGGGGACUUCAGGAACAUGCUAAGGCUAAAAGAGCUAGGUGUCAACAACAUGGCGGAAUUGGUCUCAAUUGAUCGUUAUGCACUUGACAACCUCCCAGAACUGACAAAGCUGGAGGCUACCAACAACCCAAAGCUCUCUUACAUCAACCGACAAGCCUUCAGGGAUGUUCCAUCUCUGGAGAGCCUCAUGUUGAACAAUAACGCACUGAAUGCCCUCUAUCAGAAGACGAUGGAGUCACUGCCAAACCUGAGGGAGAUCAGUGUCCACAGCAACCCCCUGCGAUGUGACUGUGUCAUCCAGUGGAUGAACUCCAACAAGACUAGCAUCCGCUUCAUGGAGCCCGUCUCCAUGUUCUGCGCCAUGCCACCUGAGUUCAGAGGUCAGCAUGUGAGGGAGGUCAUUCUGCUGGACUCCACUGAGCAGUGCCUGCCCAUGAUCUCCCAUGACACCUUCCCUAACCACCUGAACCUGGAUAUCGGCAUGACCGUCAGCCUGGACUGUCGAGCUGUAGCUGAGCCCGAACCUGAGAUCUACUGGGUCACACCAAUGGGGAACAAGAUUACGGUAGACACCCUGUCUGACAGGUACCACCUGACCAGCGAGGGCACUCUACGUAUCUCACACGUGCAGGUGGAGGACUCGGGGCGGUAUACUUGUGUGGCCCAGAAUACAGAGGGCGCGGACACACGAGUGUCCACCAUCCGAGUCAAUGGGACCUUACUGGAUGGUGUUCAGGUCAUGAAGAUCUCUGUCAAACAGACAGAAUCCCACUCCAUUCUGGUGUCCUGGAAAGUCAACUCCAAUGUCAUGACCUCUAACCUGAAAUGGUCAUCCGCAACCAUGAAGAUCGAUAACCCUCACAUCACCUACACCGCCAGGGUCCCAGUGGACGUUCACGAAUACAACCUCACCCACCUGCAGCCCUCCACCGAGUAUGAGGUGUGCCUCACUGUGUCAAACAUCCACCAGCAGACACAGAAGUCUUGUGUCAAUGUCACUACCAAGAAUGCAGCCUUUGCUGUUGAAAUCUCAGACCAAGGAACCAACACUGCUCUGGCAGCUGUCAUGGGCACAAUGUUUGCCAUUGUCAGCCUGGCCUCCAUCACUGUUUACAUUGCCAAAAGGUGGAAGAGGAAGAACUAUCACCACUCCUUAAAGAAGUACAUGCAGAAAACAUCCUCCAUCCCCCUGAAUGAGCUCUACCCUCCUCUCAUUAACCUGUGGGAGGCAGACACUGAGAAGGAUAAAGAGGGAUCCUUGGAGAACAAGCCCACCCAAGUUGACACAACGAGAAGCUAUUACAUGUGGUAAAGUCCCAGCGACUCGGUUUCUUGGAGCACACAGACACACUUUUGCUUUUUUGUGCAAAAGUAAAGUUGCGAAUUUUUUUGUAUUUUCAGCUUUGCUGUUUUUAGGCAGAGUGGUAAUGGACAGGAUUAUAUAUUUUUAGUAUAGCGUAUCGCCUUUGUUCCUUUUCUUUGUUUUGGACACUCAAAAUGGCAGCUGAAUUUAGCUUCCAGGACAUCGUAGUUCAUGUGCUUUACUUUGUGAUGCUCUUUUUGAUUGCACAGCUUUGGUUACUUGUCAAGGACUCUAGCUGGGUUCCAGGGUCAAAAGAUGUAGAAACCAGCACUUGAGUCUUUCUCUUUCUUUCUUGGGACAUAUUCUUAGAGAUUGCAAUGUGUCUUUUGUAAAACAGUUGAACUGUUGUGCACUGAAACAUUAACAAGUUUGUCUAAGGACUUCUAUAUAUGAGCUGACAAAGGAGAUUAGACUUGGUAUACUGUCUACUGAAUAACGUUAGCAAUUGUAUGGUAAUGUUGUAUCAACUAUAAUUUGAACUUUUUGGGUUUUUAACCAAAACAUUUUUUUUUGAUCUAGAAAUUAGUUUGCAGAUAUGUACUGUAAACAAGCAAUAGAAGUAUGAAUGUUUGAUAACCAACAGUUAGUAGGUAAGUAGUCAACUAAAGCUUUUUUAAUUUUACAAUUGUUUUUUCCCAUUUGCUAGGAUCUGUUAAUGACCACUUGAGUUUGUUGUAAUUUCAACAUGCAAGAUAUGUUAUAUAAGGAAGGGCAGACUGAAAUAAAUAACCAUUUUGUUCUUUUUUA